CCCAAUCUCCCCUCUUCUGAUAGUUCACCUCCCGUCCUAUCAGCCAUUACCCAGAAGAACCCAAGACAGCCACAACCUCGGCAGUACAUACCAGCUCCUUUACAACCAAACCCAGUUAAAGCUCCUUCAACUUCACAGAUUGUCCUUUUAGGCAAACCUUAUGUUGACAACUCAUUGUAUGUUCUUGAUAAAGAGUUAGGGAGAGGUCAGUUUGGCGUUACUUAUCUUUGUACUGAGAAAUCUGAGCAGAAAUACGCCUGCAAGUCCAUUGCAAGGCGUAAACUUGUGCGGAAAGAUAUUGAGGACGUUAGGAGGGAGAUUUUGAUUCUACAACUUGAAUGGCAACCCAAUGUAGAAUUUAAAGGUGCUUAUGAAGAUAAACAGAAUCUGUAUUUGGUUAUGGAGUUGUGCUCCGGUGGUGAGCUUUUUGAUCGAAUUAUCGCCAAAGGGACUUAUUCAGAGCGUGAAGCUUCAAUUUGUCGCCAGAUUGUGAAUGUGGUUCAUGUUUGCAUUUUAUGGUGUGAUGCAUAGAGACUGAAGCCUGAGAAUUUCUUGUUGGUGAGUAAGGAUGAAAAAUCUCCUAUAAGAACAGAUUUUGGACUCUCUGUCUUCAUUGAAAAAGGGAAAGUGUAUAAGGACAUUGUUGGAAGUGCAUACUAUGUUGCCCCAGAGGUGUUGCGGCGAAACUAUGGGAAGGAGAUAGACGUAUGGAGUGCUGGAGUCAUUUUAUACAUUCUAUUAAGUGGAGUGCCUCCAUUUUGGGGUGAGACCGAGAAGGGCAUAUUUGAAGCAGUUUUAGAAGGUAACGUGGACUUACAGAGCUCACCAUGGCCUUCCAUAUCGUCUUCUGCUAAAGAUCUAGUCAGGAAAAUGUUAACAAAGGAUCCUAAGAAACGAAUCACUGCUGCAGACACCCUUGCACAUCCAUGGCUACAGGUGGGUGCUGAAACAUCUGAUAAACCAAUUGAUAGUGCUGUUCUAACUAGGAUGAAGCAAUUCAGAGCAAUGAACAAGAUGAAGAAGCUUGCCUUAAAGAUCAUAGCAGAAAACCUCUCGACAGAAGAAAUCAAGGGCUUGAAAGAGAUGUUUAACAACAUGGAUACUGAUGGAAGUGGCACAAUCACGUAUGAAGAACUAAAAGAUGGAUUGUCCAGGCUGGGAUCUAAGCUUACUGAAGCAGAAAUAAAGCAGCUAAUGGAUGCCGCUGAUGUUGACAAAAGUGGAACCAUUGAUUACACUGAAUUCAUUACUGCUACUAUGCAAAGGCAUAAACUAGAGAAGGAAGAACAUUUGUACGAAGCAUUUCAAUAUUUUGACAAGGACAACAGCGGUUUUAUUACAAGAGAGGAGUUGAGACAAGCUAUGACUCAACAUGGAAUGGGUGAUGAGGCGACAAUAGAUGAAAUUAUUGAAGAUGUUGAUACCGAUAAAGAUGGAAGAAUUAACUACGAGGAGUUUGCAACCAUGAUGAGAAAAGGACCGCAAGAUACAAUGGGAAAGUAAACUCACGUAAAAGCAGGUUUUUAUACCUUGUGAAGAUAAUAAAAGCCAAUAGAUGGCCGAGUCGCAGUUGUUAGCUUGCAAAUUGAGCUUUAUUCUUCGUGCAUGUGUUAAUAAAACUCCUUGCAGCUUUCGUGAUGUCAAAACUACACAAUGCAACUCCAGCUCAUCAUGGGGCUAAAUUUGCCAACACUUAUUUGUAUUUUCAAUUUGUAAAUUUAAUAUAAGAUUAUAAUUCCGCUAAAUAAUUGGGAAUAAUUAGGGUUGUAAUUG